AUGCAUUGCAUUGCAUUGCAGCGGUUCAUGCCAUCUGAAUACGGGUGCGACGUGGAGGUGGCGGAGCACAUGCUGGAGCCGGCGAGGAGCAUUCUGGGCGCCAAAGUCCGAGUCCGCGAGGCUCUCACAGCUGCAGGGGUUCCUCGCACCAUCGUCUGCAGCUACUGGUGUCAAGGCUUCCUGCUCCCGAGGGCCGGAAACCCUGAAGCAGACGGUCCUCCACACACGACGGCCACCAUCUUUGGCGAUGGACAACCACCUCGUGCAGUGCGGCUCUGGGAGGAGAAGACCAGCAGGGCCCUGGAGGAGCUCCUCAGGAGGAUCCAGGACUCCCCGAUGCCGCUCAGCUUCCAGCUUGCCAUGGUGCACGCCACCAUGGCAGUCGGCGGCGGCGGCGUCUGCGAGCAGACCGUCAACGCGUCGGCCGGCGUCGAGGCCACGGAGCUCUACCCGGACGUCCACUUCGCCACCGUCCAAGACCACCUCAACGCUCUCGGCCGGUGUCGUGUGGAUCCUAUUGUUCCUACUACCCCAUCCCCAUGUGUGUUUUCCAUACAGUCAGUGAGCUCAGCGCUACAGUAG